AAAUGGAUAACUCACAUCUUGAUCCAGCGAAUAUGACUUACUUCUUUCCUUUCGAGAAAACCCAUGACGAACGUGCAUUUGAUGAUUACAUGCACCAGCACUGGGCAGACAGUUUUGUGUAUUCCUGUGUUUAUUUGAUUGUGGUGUUUGGCUGCCAGCUUUAUAUGGCACACCGAAAGAGGUUCGAACUGAGACCAUAUUUAGCAUUUUGGAGCGGUGUUCUUGCAAUAUUUAGUAUUGUCGGUGCAAUUCGUACUGUGCCAGAACUGAUCUGGUCGUUGUCGCUUGGCUUCGAAUAUUCCUGUUGUAGCAGUUCCUAUAUGGGACAAGGGAAGGUGACCAGCUUCUGGACAUACCUUUUUGUGGUGUCAAAAGUUUUUGAACUUGGCGAUACAAUAUUCAUAGUUCUAAGAAAGCAGCCAUUAAUAUUUCUUCACUGGUACCAUCACAUGAGUGUACUUGUGUAUUCUUGGUAUAGUUACAGUGAAAGAAUUUCCACAGGCAGAUGGUUCAUCGUAAUGAAUUAUACAGUUCAUUCCAUGAUGUACAGCUAUUACGCGCUUCGAGCUAUGAAAUACCAAUUUCCUAAGUGGGUGAACAUGGCUAUUACAUCGCUUCAGCUUGUUCAAAUGAUGGUUGGGAUUGUUGUCAAUAUUGUGGCUUUUAACGCACUCAAGUCUGGUCGAGAAUGCGAUAGUAGUUACCAAAAUAUUAAGUAUUGCAUGAUAAUGUAUUUCAGUUAUCUAGUACUAUUUUCACAUUUUUUCUACACAACCUACAUUGUAAAGAAGCCAGCAGUUCAUGAAAAGAAACAUUGAUGAUAGCUUUUAUUAGAUUUUGCUGGAUAUGUUAAAUUAACAUUGUGCUUCACCAUACUUAUGAUCAAUGGUAUUGUAAUAGACUUGUUACAGUAAGUUACGCAGUCACAACUGAGUCUGAUGAAGAUCACACCUUGCAUGUAAGAAAACCAGUAAAGAUAACUGUGCAGUUUUAAAGUGCUCAAUUUUUAACCAAAUAAAAGUGUGAUAUGGAUUCCCUUUAAGAAUAGAAGACUUCACUUAUUCACUGAUACUUUGCUUAUCAAUAUCAAAGGGGAAAAACUACGCACAGGAUGUGGCAUUCUAUGGAGGUCCAGUUAUCAGAUUGUCUACACAAAACUCGGAAUAUUUACAAUAGUGUAAAACUUCCAUUCAUUGUAUGAGAAUCUAUUUGUGGUUGGUUCAGGGUCCAGAAAGAGAAUGAGUUAUAACCAGGGAAUUUAACAAUUAAUGUAUAAUGUUAAGAACUUCAGAUUAGUAUGUUUUCGAAAUUUUUGAACAUGCAUGACUUAAUCCUACAAGUGUUUUUAUGCGCCUGAAGGGACGUAUUAUGUUAUGACGCUGGUGUCCGUCUGUCUGUACGUCCAUCCAUCCAUUAGCAAUUUCGUAUCUGCUCUGUAACUCCACUUAGGGGCUAAAGGUCAUAUGAGCCGCGCCAUGGGAAAACCAACAUAGUGGCUUUGCGACCAGCAUGGAUCCAGACCAGCCUGCGCAUCCGCGCAGUCUGGUCAGGAUCCAUGCUGUUCGCUUUUAAAACCUACUACAAUCAGAGAAACCGUUAGCGAACAGCAUGGAUCCUGACCAGACUGCGUGGAUGCGCAGGCUGGUCUGGAUCCAUGCUGGUCGCAAAGCCACUAUGUUGGUUUUCUCAUGGCGUGGCUCAUAUGACUCUGUAACUCUUGAACAGCUUGAAGGAUUUUAAAGAAACUUGGCACAAUGACGUGCAGAGUGCAUGUUUCGGAUGGCUCGCUUCAAAGUCAAGGUCACACUUAGGGGUCAAAGGUCUUACCUUCGGGCGUAUAUUGCUCCGCAUUGCGGGCCUCUUGUUUGCUUUAUAUAUUUAGAGACAUGUUUACAAUUAUAACAUUCUUUGUAUAUCUUAGACACAUCUUCUGCACAUAUUGUAGUACAUACAUUUUGUACAGAGUCAUUCACCUUAACCAUUUUAUUUAUUUCAUAAGUAACCCCACAGUCAUGACUCAUGUCAGUGUCUUUUUUUUUUCAUUUUUUAUAUUUUGAAAAUAUAUACUGUGAAGCCAUUUAAUUUCUUGGGUGUGAAGUUUUGGGAUUUUGGUCAAUACAGCUAUUUUGUGAUGAUAUGAAUUUAAGGAUUUCAGUAUUUGGAGAUAUUAACAUAAAAGGGAACUUUAUUUAUUGAAAUUUAAAAUUAAAUUUAUGGAUUGCUGCAUAUAUGAAAUCCAUGAAAAUUAGUCACCAGCAAGACUUAGUAUACUAUUAAAGGUUUAGCAGUAUAUAGAUUCUGAAAGAUAAGUUAUUCUUUUGUUGGUUUUUUUUUUUAAAUUAAAAUAACAUGUUUUGAGAAUUUUAAGUUUCAUUGUUCCAAGUUAUGAACUAUGUUGAUGGUUUAUUUUUUGCAUUUUUUUAUGAGUGGGAGAAGAAUGGAAUGCUUUAUGAUAACAUAUACAUUGACUGUG